GACCCUGCAGGAAUAUUUGAACUGGUGCAGGUUGUUGGAAAUGGGACGUAUGGACAAGUCUAUAAGGGUCGCCAUGUUAAGACUGGGCAGCUAGCAGCAAUCAAAGUGAUGAAUGUUACUGAGAAUGAAGAAGAAGAAAUCAAGCUGGAGAUAAAUAUGUUAAAAAAAUAUUCUCAUCACCGGAAUAUUGCUACGUAUUAUGGUGCAUUUGUUAAGAAAAGCCCUGCAGGCCAAGAUGAUCAGCUCUGGUUGGUGAUGGAGUAUUGUGGUGCUGGCUCUGUGACUGAUUUGGUAAAGAAGACAAAAGGUAACUGUUUCAAGGAAGACUGGAUUGCAUACAUCUGCAGAGAGGUUCUCAGGGGCUUAGCGCAUCUUCAUGCUCACCAUGUCAUCCAUCGAGAUAUUAAAGGACAGAAUGUUCUACUCACAGAAAAUGCAGAAGUAAAACUGGUGGAUUUCGGUGUAAGUGCCCAACUGGAUAGGACUAUUGGGAGGAGAAAUACGUUUAUUGGAACUCCAUAUUGGAUGGCACCUGAGGUCAUUGCUUGUGAGGAGAACCCCGACUCUACAUAUGAUUACAGAAGUGACCUGUGGUCUCUGGGAAUCACUGCUAUUGAAAUGGCUGAAGGAGCUCCUCCCCUGUGUGACAUGCAUCCCAUGCGAGCGCUCUUCCUCAUCCCCCGGAACCCGCCCCCAAAACUGAAAUCCAGAAAAUGGUCAAAGAAAUUCCUUAACUUUGUUGAAAGCUGCCUUGUUAAAAACUACUUGCACCGUCCAUCCACUGAGACCUUGCUAAAGCAUUCCUUCAUCCGAGACAUGCAGAAUGAACGGCAAGUGCGCAUCAUGCUGAAAGACCACCUGGAUAGGACCAGGAAGAAAAAAGGAGAAAGGGAAGAAACGGACUAUGAUUACAGUGGAAGUGAGGAGGAAGAUGAUGAGCUGAAUGAAGAUGAAGGAGAACCAAGCUCCAUAGUUAAUCUCCCAGGAGAGUCGACUCUCCGUCGUGAAUUUCUGAGGCUGCAGCAGGAGAACAAAAACCGUUCUGACCCUCAUCGCCAGCAGCAGCAGCUGAAGGACCAGGAGAAGUACAAGAAGCAGCUGCUGACAGAGCGGCAGAAGCGAAUCGAGCAGCAGAAAGAGCAGAGGAGGCUGCUGGAGGAUCAUCAGAGGCGAGAGCAAGAGCUCCGGAGGCAGCAGGAGUGCGAGCAGAGGUGGCCGGAGGCUAAGGCCGUUCAGAGGAAAGAGGAGAGGUGUAAAGAGGACAAAAGGGCUGUGGACGAUGAAUGGUGCAUGGUAGAUGCACAGAAAAAAUCAGAAAAGAAGCAGAAAAAGCUGGAAGACGUGCAGCACAACAAGAAGAUGCAUCGAACUCUCCCCAAAGAUCAGACACAGCUGCUGUCUCUCCAGCAUGACCACAAGCAGAAGAAAAAGGAGCCUCCCAAGAGUUCAGUUUCAGCAGCACAUCCUCCACCAAGCAGCACAAGCAAAGAGGUCGAGGACCGAAAAAAGAAAAGUGACAGUAUCCAGCCUUCUCUGCAGUGGUCAGCAGCGCUCGGGCAUGAAGCCACGCCGCACGCUAGGAUGGGCUCUGGCAGUAGUUCUAGUCCUUGCACCCCCGCGAUGCAACGAGCGGUGUUAGUACAGUGUGAAAAUUUCCGGGCUAGUAGAGAUGCAUACCACAGCAGUUCGCUGUCAGAUAUGGUGACAACACCAGUCAGCCCUGGACAGGACGACGUAUUCUGGAGUAUGAGUCAAAAUGAAGAACAGCCCCCGAAGGUUCCAGAAAGGACAACCUCUAAAUAUUACAGCAGGGAUCAGCUUGGCCAUCAGAGAUGUCUUUCAAGUAACACUCAUCAGCCAUCCCCUGGGACACAUGUUCUGAAACUAAACAGCAGCAAUAGCUCUCCUGGCAUCAAGCAGUGGGAGAUGGGAUCUCAUCAGAGCAGCCGAUCAACCUCAGGAUCAGCCAAGGGAGAGAGCGCAUUGUCCCAGAACCACUUGCAGCAGCGUAAGAAGUCUGAAAAAGCUUCUCAUCCUGGCCUGAUUGCAAGUCCAGGCUCCUUUGCCAAGGGGAAGGACAGUGCCAAUUCAUUCUUAAAAGCAGCAGACUAUUCCUCGUCUAGUGAUGAAGUCGGCAGCAGUGAUGAAGAUGACAUGAACCACACAAGGCAACCGCUAAGUAACCGCGUGGCAGAUUUCUCAAGGACGAGGGUACCAGAUGGAAUUGAACUGAAACCCCAAAGCACCGUCACAGAACAGAAGGAUCAGAUUUUAGGGAAACAAAUUUCUAGCACCCAAGAAAGCCUCUGGAGUGUAAACAACCAGAACUAUCUCCUGCCAGAUCUGCUCCAGCAAAGCCAAGUUUCAGACUCCUCUCUGAACCAGCCGAAAGUGCCACUGACCAGCCAGGAACCUCAGAGCAAAUCUGUGAAUAAGACGCCGUGCACUGAAAGUACACCUUCAAAAAGCAGUACAUCAUCUACAACAUCGUUUACUUCAUUCAUAGAUCCUAGACUUCUGCCAAUCACCCCUCCCACCAGUCCGGUAGGACCUCCCUGUAGUUCUCCAUCUAGUGUAAAACCUGAGCCUAUCAGGAGAGAGAAUGUGAGGAAGGGCUCCGUUGUCAAUGUUAACCCAACAAAUAUUCGCCCACAGAGUGACAGUCCAGAAAUUCGUAAAUACAAGAAGAAAUUCAACUCGGAGAUCCUUUGUGCUGCUUUGUGGGGAGUAAAUUUACUGGUUGGAACAGAGAAUGGGUUGUGGCUGCUGGACAGAAGUGGGCAAGGAAGAGUUUAUUCUCUAAUUACAAGGAGACGAUUCCAGCAAAUGGAUGUUCUGGAAGGACUCAAUGUGCUAAUUACUAUAUCAGGGAAGAAGAAUAAGUUAAGAGUGUAUUACUUAUCAUGGCUGAGAAACAAAAUUUUGCGCAAUGAUCCGGAGGUGGAGAAGCGGCAAGGCUGGGUGUCUGUGGGCGACCUAGAAGGCUGCGUACACUACAAAGUUGUAAAAUAUGAGCGAAUUAAAUUCCUUGUAAUUGCUUUGAAAAACUCAGUGGAGGUUUAUGCUUGGGCUCCAAAGCCUUAUCACAAAUUCAUGGCUUUUAAGUCCUUUACGUCACUUCAUCACAAACCACUGUCAGUUGACCUGACAGUUGAAAAUGGGCAAAGACUAAAAGUGAUCUAUGGCUCACUAGUAGGCUUUCAUGCUAUUGAUGUGGAUUCUGGAUCGGUGUAUGACCUGUACCUUCCAACACACAUCCAGGGGACUAUUCGCCCACAUGCCAUUAUCAUCCUCCCGAAUACCAGUGGAAUGGAACUUUUACUUACCUACGAAGAUGAAGGCAUCUACAUUGAUAUUUAUGGGCAUUUCACAAAGGAAACUGUUUUACAGUGGGGAGAAAUGCCAGCAUCUGUAGCUUACCUUCAGUCAAAUCAGGUCAUGGGCUGGGGAGAGAAAGCAAUUGAACUACGUUCUGUGGAAACAGGAAAUCUGGAAGGAGUAUUUAUGCACAAGAAAGCACAGAAGCUAAAAUUUCUGUGUGAAAGAAAUGACAAGGUGUUCUUUGCAUCUGUACAGUCAGGAGGCAGCAGUCAAAUUUACUUUAUGACUCUCGGUCAAAAUGUACUAUUCAACUGGUAAAUCGCAUCAAAAUGAAGGAUGCUUUGACAUUCCCUCUAGAUAGCAGUGUAAAACGCUUGGAGGAUAUACACACAAAUUUGCACUUUUUACCUACAAGAAUCCUGACAUUAUGAACUUAUCAAAAUUCAUAUUCUUUCAGUUUGGAAAGAAUUCCAUUUUCCUGUCAAAUUAUUGCAAACAUGUUUAGUUCUAUUUUCUAAAAUAUGUUGCAAACGAAGACUGUAUUCACAGUGUUAGCAAAGAACAACUGUAAUGAAGAAUGUAGUCAGUAUAACAAACUCCUGUACUAUGAAAAGUGUACUUUUUUUUUCUUUUUUUACAGAUAGUGUAAUACAGUUAGCCUGAACUGAAGACUUUUUUGGAUGGCAACAUCUGUACAUAGACAUAAAACAUACAAACAUAUUAGGUGACAAACUGGAAUCUACUUUAUUUUGAAUUUGUUUUGGUUUGCUUUGCAUUUUAACAAAAUUGUUACUGUUUCACCAAAACACAUUUCUCCAAGACUUCUAAUCAAUGGAAGAGCAACUGGUCUUUAAGGGGCCUAAUGCAGAUUUGGACACCAAGGGAUUCUAUCUUGUCCUAGGGUAAAAUAGGUGCAUUUCAUGACAGAGUUGUAAAAGCAGCUACUCUAGAUGUGUGCCCCACGUGGUAGAUUUUAUAAAAUACAGGGGACAGUCUUCAUGUUUCUCUCAGGGCGGGAUGUCUCAGCCUUUAGACACAGUUACUGUAGAAUGUAUUUGUAAAAAUAGUUUAAAUAGUAGUCUGUCAGAAUCAUUUAUGCAUAAAUGCAUUAUGGACCUAAACCUUUAAAUUUUUACUCAAACAAGUGACCCGUACUCAUAUGAGAUGAUUUAAAGGCACUACCCUUGUGCACAAGGGCACAGGAUCAGGCACCUUUUUUUCCCCCCUUCUUGCUCUUUAAGCAUCAAGUCUUCAUGUAUUUUUGUGUGUAAAUAUAAUCUUUCCAAAAUGGAUGUCAAGAUUAACAAAUGUAUUAAUAUAGUUAUGAAAAUAUCCAAAGAGUUGAUCUAUUAUAAAUAGAAAAUAUGAAUAAUUUCAGGUGCUUUCUAUGCUAAUUACGCCUAAACAAAGCUGCAUCCACCAGUGGUAUUGGUGCCAGUGUUUCUGCCAUAAAACUGUUCUCAGGGGCUUGUAACUUGGCCAUAAAACUAUAUACAUGUUCUGGGAUUAAAUUGUAGGGUUUAAUGCAAUCAUCAUUUAGCUGAUUUUUGGAUGUGCUUUGAAAAAAUAAAGCAUCAAAUACAAAGUAAUACAAAAGAGCUCAUUCCAGACAUGAUACAGUAUGGAAGACGAUGUAUGCAAAGGUGAAAUCAUUAGCUAUAGUGUUUGAAAAUGGUUAUUUUUUACUUGAAAUAUGUGAUACUGAAAGGUGCAGGGGAAGUGUAUUGGAAUAUCUGGUUGUCUACCUCAAGGAUGAUGAUUCAAAAUUAACUAAGAAGGGGUGAAAUUAAGUGGUUAGAACUGGUAGCUGUUUUGUACAGUAUGUCAAGUUAAGUUAGCGUUAAUACAUGUGUUGUGACUGACAGGUGCUCAGAUUGCAACCAUCAGCUCCAGAACUGGUAUUCUUGUAUAUAACUUCAGCAGAGAAGUCAAGGGAUGAAUCAAACUGGGGACUAAUCACCAUUUUCACUCCCAGUGGUGGCACCUCCACUGCUGCAGGGCAGACUGGAGAUGCCUACACUGAUGCAAUGUUCUUUGGCUACAUGGAGGACUGCACUUUCCAAAGUUAUUAACCUAGCACUUUUCAUGAGCACUAGUUUAUCUACAAAUGUGGGGUGUUUUUAAUGAAGUAUUUUCCUCUUAAAUGUUUUAACUUACAAAAAAUACAAGCCUAAGGACAUGCUAAAAAAAUACGUGCAGUUGCACUCUCAAAGUGGAUUAUAAUGCAUGCAAGCAAUCAGUUUGUGCACAGACUUAAAAUCUGAAUAGUACACCUAUGCCCAGGAAAAGCUGCAUCAAAUCAGUAGGUCUCUAUUUAUUUGUAGUAGUGUUCCUGCCUGUUGCCCGUAGGCUGGGGCAAAUAAGCCAAACAGAAACAUUUUUGCCUGGCCUAGAUUCCCAUGCUGCUGAAUGUAGGGCUUGUUUUGUUCACCUUUCACCAAAAAAAAACCCCUUCAACAGAAACAAAGGUGAAAGUUACAAAUACAAACAAAACAUAAUUUGCUAACAAACAGAAAUACAGUUUAUUAGCUUUUGACUUAAAAAUUCUAAGAGACUGUGAAGAAAGGACAGCUUUCAUUUUGUAUCCAAUGGGUGUACAAGACUUGUUUUCAAAACUGUUCUUGCUACAAACAAUCAGUGAUCCAGGCUGCCAUAUAGUAUUUUUAAAGGUGUGCUCGUCAUAGCAGCCUCUGCAUUACAUGGGAGGCAUGUGAAUUUUUUCUCCUCUCGUUUUGGGGUCAACAGGUAGGAGGCAGAUUUUUCCAGAUGCUAGGCACCAGUUCAGAAGAAUUAGCAGAGGACAGGGGAACUUGGAACAGCCUAUGCCAAGAGACUAAAGACGCAAAUGUAAUUAAACUUAUAUAUACACAUACAUACACACAGUAUUGUAAUAAAAAAAUGUGACAGUAAAUUGAAACUGUAAAACUAUUUAGCUCCACACUAGGAAAAAAAAUGAGUCUGAAGUUUGAGGGAGGGAAUGUGCAUUUUUGCAUUAAUUUAAUCUCUCGUUCCGUUCCCGUAAGUUUUUUUCCAGCUAUGAUUCAACGUAGUGAGUUAGAUUCUUUUUUGUGUGUAAAGCUGUUGGAGCCGUUCAGGCUACAUCCACGUAUAAAUAUGGAAACAAUCAGGCCCUUAGAGGUAAAUGCUUUAAAGGAUUUAGAAGUGGGAUUCCUAGUAAUAACAGUAAUUGGGUGCAACAAGAAGAAGGUGUGCGUAAACCUUUCAAGAGAAAAAUCAGAAUGGCUGAAGAUGAGAAGGAGCUCGGAGACGUUGAGAACAGUAAUUGGAGUGAGUGGAAAUGGCUGAAGAGGAGGGAGAAUCUGAAGAAAGUAAAAUAGGAGUAGCCAAAGAGGGAGAAGUGGAUGUCUGGAACAGUAUCUUGUUAUAGGAGGGAAAAAAAGAAGGUUAAGAGAUGUUAAGGAGAGGAAAGUAACCAAAGAGACAGAAAGGUAUCUGGAAUAACUGAUGGUAUGAACGCUGAAUGGGAGUUCUGAAUAACUGUUACAUGCUCAAAGCAAAAGUUUAAAUGCUGGAGGAAAAAAAGAAUUCCAGAGACCCAAAUGUUUAAUGCCAUAAAUCUAACUAUGCAAAAUGUGCAUCAAAUUUGUAAUCUCAUUUUGUGAGGAGUUUCCCUAGCUGUAUUCUUUCGCUAACUUUUAAAAGCAAGGAGUGAACGGCUGAAAUGGGUGGGUUUUGUUGUGAAGUCACUUUGAUGUGAAUCAACGUUAGCGGAGAAGAUCAGAAUAUUAAGGAUCUCUGUCAACAUUCCACUGAUAUAUGCAGUAUCCUAAUGACCGGUGGUGCUCCUAAUAUUAUAUUUGCCCAGACAAGUCUGUGCUGGUAUAACAUCAAUAUAGUAUUGUACGUGACUGCUUUCUUUUAGGAAUGAACUCCAUUCUGCAGCCUAAACCUUGACAUGUGACUUUAAAAACUGGGAACAAUGCAAGCUAUGUACUGUGCAUCAUGUAUGUGGGUUUUUUUAUUGUUCCCUAAUGUUCAGAUUGUACAUUUGAAACAGUAAUAAAAAAUAAUCUGAAAACCAGAA